AUGUCUUUGAAGUCUGUCUUGCCGAUGCUGGCGCUUGUCGGCUCUGGCUUGGGAUGGCAACACAAAACCGAGGCCUACGUGCGCGAUGCGAUCGCGACCAAUGAGUACAGCUUGAUUGCCUUUGUCGCGCGCGCUAGCGACGCCUCCAAAGCUCUCGAACCGCACUGGGGUGCUGUUGAAGAUGCGAUCCCAACCGCUCUGUCCGUCGACUGCGAAACCUCAUCCGCCCUUUGCGCCGACUUCGACGUUGCGUCGUUCCCCGCGAUCCGCUUCUACCGCCCCGAUGGCACGAAACGGCAUUACCGUGGCCCUCGAAAGGGAUCUGAGAUCGGUUCUUUCGUCAACCGCAUGCGUCGACCUGUCAUAAACCCUGUUGAGAAAGAAACCAUGUCUUCAUUCCGCAGCAGCGAUGAUGUUGUCCUCGUGGCGCAUUUCACCCUCGAAGAAACCUCCCUCCGCGACCGAUACGCCGACCUCGCCGAACGCUACCACGACCGUUAUGCCUUCGGAUUGACGGACAUUCCCGAAUCGCCCGGUCGCAUUGCGUGCUACAAUAAUGUGAUCGGCGCGAUGCAGAUGUCUUCGGAGUUGGAGGACGUGGAUGCCAUGGAUAAGCUCUUGAAGAAGUGCGCUGCUCCGUUGGUGCCACGUUUGACGAGGCGCAACGAGGCUGAAUAUCUGAAUGCUGGAAAGUCUCUGGUAUACUUCUUCGCUCGCAUUGAACAGUAUCUCGAUGCGUGGACUUCGGCCGUCGUACCCCUGGCCAAGAAGUACCACCAGUAUAUUACUUUCGUGACGGUGGAUUUGACGGACUAUCCCGAGAUGCCUGCGAUGUUUGGACUGCCCAGUGGUAUCGAAGAUGCCGUGGCGCUGCAGAACCCGGCCACGGGUCAGGUGUUCCCUUUCACUGGAGAGAUCACCAUUGAUGCUGUUGAGCAAUUCAUCACCGACAUCUCCGAGGGCAAUGUUGAACCAUGGGAUGGACAAACUAUCCUCGAGGUUGUCGAAGUGGACGCGGAUGAUGAGAACGGCCAGGGACACAGCGCAGGGCAGCAAACCCAGGAAGGUGCAGGGGUAGACUCUGAAAAGGCCAGCGAGAAGAGUCCCGAAGAAAAGUCGGAGACCCACGAUGAACUUUGA